ACCUUUGAAAAGUCAAAAAACCUGAGACAUACAAACCACCCAGUGUAACUUAUGUUGUAGAAGAGGAAGUGGAUAUUUUGGAUCGAGUUGUGGUGAGUCAAACGGAUCCCUCUUUGUCAAGCGUCGAACACCUUCUGGGGGUAGGGAUAGAACAGAAAGAGACUUAUUUUUUUAUUGUCACAAGAGAUUCAGAGGGAAGACAGUGCUACAACAUGGAUGAUCACAUAUACUGUGACAUUCGCACUUCAACAGGGGAUAGUCUGGAAACAGAUCUAGAAAUUGUAGACGACGAAAAUGGUAGCUACACAGUAUACUAUACACCAGAUCGUAUCGGAACAUAUGAAGUGGAGAUUGAAGUGAAUGGACAACCGCUGGAUAAUAGUCUCUGGAGUGAUGACCAGCUGGAUCGUAGUCCUUGGAGUAUUCUAGUCACAUGUCAGUAUCAGUAUCAGUUUGAUUUUAAAUUUGGUUCAAGAGGUAAGGGACCAGGACAGUUUAAUGAUCCAUAUGAUAUUGCCAUCAGUGGGGCAACAGGAACUAUUGCUGUUUCUGACUACAAAAAUAAGAGAAUUCAGCUGUUUGACUCUGAUGGCCACUACUUGAGACAGAUAAGACUGAGGGCUAGCUGUACAUCAUUAGACUUUACCAAGUCCGGUCACAUAAUUGCUGUCACUCCUGGUGAUGUUCACAAGAUUUCUUUGUUUUCUGAGAAGGGUCAGUUUGUCAAGUACAUCGACAGUGAGCAUUUGAAGUUUCCUUUUCAUGUAUCCAUUAAUGACGAUGAUGAUAUUACGGUAUGUGAUCAAGAGAGUAAUGAAGUUGUAGUAAUCUCUCCUGACGGAACAGAGUUAAUAACACGCAUUGCUGCUUCAGAGCAUGACCAGUCAAUAAUGUGCGCCAUUUAUCACGAACAAACAGCCUGUUUCUUUGUCUCUGAUUCCAAAGCUGACCUUGUCAAUGUUUUUGAUGAGGAUGGAAACUUUCUGAAUGAAAUUGGUGGUGGAAGGUUACUUCACCCUGUUGGACUUGCUAUUGAUAAAUUUAACAAUUUGAUCGUCUGUGAUACUGGGAACCAGAGGCUUAAAGUAUUUACUAUUAGAGGCGACUUUCUCUCACAGACUGAACAAUAUUUCCAUACACCGCACUUUGUUGCUGUGUCUGACGAAGGGGACGUUCUUGCCACAGAUUAUGAGAAAAACUGUGUUUUUCUAUUUCAGACGGUAGACCUAUAAUAGCGAAAAAAAUGUUAAAGAUGAGUCUUACAGCUCGAGUUUAGGGUACAAUCAUGAGUUUAACAAAGUAAAUAAAGAGAAAGCACAGAA